AUGAAGAAGUCAGAGAACUGUGGCACUUCUGCACAUUUUUUCUUACUUCAGGCAAAGGGUAUUUCCUGAUGUGUUGUGUCACUAGCUUUUUUCUUACCAGUAUUGAACUGUAUUGAAUGCAAAUUUAAAUUUUUCAUAAUUCAUUAUAGACCUCAAAAGACAAGCACAUUACAAAAAGAUGCAGGGCUUUUUUAUCCUGCCACAGCUUGUCAAAGUCAGGACAAACUAUUGGUACCAUGCUGGAGGGCAACAGAUAUCCACAAAAAAAAGUCGAGAAAAAGCAUGAUACUGUCCUUCAAACUAAAGUUCAAGAAGCAUUACAGGUGCUUAUUUACAUGCAAACUUUCUUUAGCAAAACGCUUUCUAGACUAAGCAGGGGUUUUGUAUUUUAGAACAAGCAAUUAAUGGGGCACUUGCUUGAUGUUGUUCACAACAUCCAAACUAUUAAGCGUCCAACUAGUCUGAAACUAAGUACCGCUUCCCACAUGUCUUCAAACCUUCUAGACAUCCAAAAUAUACCUGCAAUUCCACUUCCAAAAAGUCAAGACAACAGGCAUAGCAUAUAGUGCUGGUUCAUAA